AUGUUUACUCGUGAACGGAUAGAGAAAGCCGUGGAGAUAGCUGUGACCCACGGCUACAAGAGCACACAGGAUCCGAAUCAGAAACGAAAAGACCUCUUUGAUGAAGCGUCAGCCACUCACAGAGUAUACUUGGUGGUCAUUCUACACAACAUACCCCCAGAGCCCUCUGAGAUCCCCCGACCUAUUCUGGUCACACAUCCAAUCUUCCCACUAGCCUCUACACUUAGUGGAGUAGUUGAGGAGAAAGACGUUGAGCUAGUUAAGACCAACGCUAUCUUUAACAAACUUACGACAAUUGAAGAGAUACGCGACGUACAUCUUACUUUCCAGAUGAGGCGUGAUCUUGUCAAGGCGUACGAUGUCUAUGCAUGCAACACGAAUUUAUAUAAUCAGGUCCUCAAAUAUGGGGGAAAAUCGUUUACUUGCAAGCAUACCAUUGUGUGCACUGACUCACCGAUGGAGGCAGUCUCUAAGGAGGAGGUCAUGUGCACCACGCAGCUUCGUGACCCGAGGGGAAAUAACCUUUCAAUCAAAAUAGGCUACUUCAAUGCGACAGACCCCGAUGAGGAGGUACAGAAAGGCCUUACAGCCAAGCUAGCAGAUAAUGUCCUUGAUGUGAUUAAAUCAUUUGACAAGACUCUGCCUGGAGGCUUCAAGAACUGCAAGUUACUUGCUAUAAAUUUAGUGCCCGGUCACGGCUUACCAAAUGUUCCUUUCUACGAGUCAGUCCUUCCCAAGAACGAAAGGAUAUUUGAAGAACAUCCUAUUCGGCCUCCAGAUCCCCUGGACACUGCCAUUCGAGAGCUUUAUCGAGAUAUGGAGGAGCAGGGGAUGAUAGAUGAAGAAAUGAAGGCACUAGAGCCCAGAAUGUCAAGACGCGAGCGAGAACGCGCAGGUCUUCCGCGCAUUCGAGCGUCAAGAUCCAAGCAAGAGCAACCUACAGAUGCUGAUAAGCACGUCUCUGACAAGGGUGAGAAUAGCAAUGAUAGCGACAGUGAAGAGGGAGAUAGUGACUGA